GCAUUCGAAGCUUCGAAAGAGCACCCGGCAGGUCUGCCCUGCACACGAGCCAUUAUCCUCAGCACUGUACGCUGGGUACGCCCAAGGCGGGGUAUGUCCUCUCCGGAGUCCUGUCAGCCUUGUGGUGUUGGACCCCUGCCCUUCCGGGGUUCUGGACUCACCGGGGCUGAGCAACACAGCUGUUGGUUCAGCCUACGGCAUGGGCCGCCUUGCAGCUGUGAGCGAGGCUGCGGAUUUGAUCUGGGAGUUUCUUUCCAUUCUGCUCCCAGCAUACUCAUGGCGGCGAGACCUGAGAACCGUCACUUUAUCCUUUAUCAGCAUUUCUAGCGACACAGCUGCACCAUCGCCCAGGGUUUAGCCACGAGUUGGCUGGUCGCCUGGAAGACCCUGAUCUACCACCGGAGCGGUCUUGACACCAUGGAUAUUGUGUCUUUGGGCUCACGAACGACUGCAAGCAACGACCCCCAGAGGUCCCUCAAUGAUGCCCUGGCAUCGUUUCGAGGCAUCCUCACAGCCGAUCAGCUGGACGCUCUGAACCACGCCAAGCCAGAGCAGGAUGUCGACAAGGUCAUGAUCUUCACCGCCGAGCUGGACCAGAAAGCCAAAUCCAUGAAGGGUCGCAGCGUGGCUACCCGUCUUCACGCUGUGCUAGAGGCAGUCCAUCUCUUCUCAACGGUUGUGGAUACAUUUGUCUCGUCAAACCCGGAGAUCGCAGCGCUCGUGUGGGGCAGCAUCAAGAUGACCAUGCUGAUCAUGGUGAACUACACCUCGUAUUUCGAACCACUCUCGAAGCUGUUCAUGACCAUUAGUACACACUGCCCCCGAUUUAACGAGUACCAGGCGCUCUUUCCCAUUUCAAUUCGUCUCCAGAAGGCGCUUUGCGACUUCCAUGCAGCGAUUGUUCGGUGCCGCCAGCACCUGGUAGAGUUCAUGAAGAGAACAUGGUCACAACAGCUCCUCAACGCGGUGUUCCAGUCAUUCGAACAGGAGUUCAAACCAGACAUAGAUGGAAUCGCGAGGCUCGCCAAGGAGGUGAAAGAAGAAAUCAACCUAGCCACAACGCUUGCUCAGCAUCAAGAACAACAAUGCCAGGGUCAGGAACGCAAGGCAGCCCAGUUGAGCAGGUACUUUCUGCAAAGAUAUAUACCAAAACUGGACCAGGAUCUGCAAUUCGUCAAGAUACGACAAUCAAAACAAGAGAGAAUACGACUUCUUGAGCAACUAUGUUCAUACAACCAUCUUCCUCUAUUUAAGGAUACUUGCAAGAAACGUCGCAAUGGCACUGCAGACUGGUUACUUUCGACGACAGAAUUUACACGUUGGUGCAACGGGACAGGCUCAGCUGUCUUGUGCUGCUACGGCAAAAUCGGUUCAGGCAAGACCGUGCUAUGCACGAAUGUGAUAAACAACCUAUACCUCCACAUGCAACCCCGAACAAUAGUCGCGUUCUUCCUGGCUCACUACGAUAAUGCCGAAUCUCUUCUUGCGGAUACAAUGAUUCGAUCCAUCUUGAAACAGUCCUUGGUAGCCAUCAAGGGGCCAAAUUCGCACAUGAAUAGAUUGGCCGAGCUCUUGAACAAACCAUACGUGCCGCUUCGUGAGUGGACUGUACUUCUGCAACAGCUCAUUAUCACCAUGAACAACUUUUACAUUGUCGUCGAUGGUCUUAAUGAAUGCACCUCAACAGAACGCAGGCUGCUUAUGGAUGAGCUUUCGCUCAUUUCAGAAGCCGCACCCAGCUUACGAUUAUUCUUCAGCGGCCGCGACAGUAUACUGAUUGAUGUGGAGCAAAAGUUCGGACAUAUUUCCAAGAUCUCGACAGUAUCAGAGGGCUUGCGCACAGAUAUAAGUCUGUUCAUCGAAUCAGUGCUCGAGGAAUGCUUCGAGAACGGAGAUUUGGUGGUUGAAGAUGCCGCGCUGAAAGAACUCAUCGUCACGACCUUGAAUGAUCGUGCCGAUGGCAUGUUUCUUUUGGUUGUCUUUUUGAUGCAAGAGCUCUGCAUCGCGAGUUACAAGGGUAUGAUAAGGGAAACGCUCGCCACACUGCCGAAAAGCCUUGAGCAGGUUUACACAGUCGUGCUUGAGCGUAUUCUUGCCGAUAACAACAUGGUUGAAGCCGUCGAAACUGCUUUUCGCUGGGUGGUCGCAGUCGCAAGGCCUUUGACUCUCGCAGAACUACAGGAAACUAUUCCUAUCGAAAUCAAUCAGCCAUACUCAAUGGCCGAGAAACAAAUCCCGAACUUCGAAAGGAUUGUUCUGUGGAGCGGCAACUUGUUGCAGUGCAGCGAAGAAGAACCGCGAUUGAUCCGAUUUGCGCACCCAACAAUCCGCGAGUUUCUCACGAACGGCUCCCUGCCACCGCAUCUCGGUCGCUUCAGGGUCGACACAGACUUGGCUGAUCACUUUGUUGGCGAGAUCUGCAUGACGUAUCUAGACUUCAACGACUUCAAAACCGAGGUUGCACGUGCAGAACGACCAACUACUGUUACAAUACAGCCUCUUGCUUUGGCCAGCACUGCUCUUGGGAAUCAAUCCGCCACAACCAGACUCGCAAAUACGUAUACGUGGCUCUUGACCUCCACAGGUUGGGUCACUGAAGGGACCUUUGACAUCGAGACCAAUUAUGCCUCCACUCAGCCUUAUGAACGCGAUAAAAGCCACCCAUUUCUCCAAUAUGCCAGAAUAUACUGGAUCGUGCAUACGAAGCACUUCGAUGCAAACAAAUCAAAGACUUGGCCACUACUUCGGCUAGUUGCUAAGGAGGGCCACAAUCUCAUCAUAUGGCCAGGUCAAGAACGACCCGAAAGCCCUGGUGCUAACUUGCGCGAAUGGCUGGAGCAUAAUGAUCACUAUGCCUUGUUUUUGGUGGGUAUUCAGGACUGGUUGCUGCUGAAAAGGCAAUGUCAGUUUCAUCAUUGUGCUUGCUUCCUGCUAAACCACAGAGCGAGUACGGAUUUGGAUCUCAUUGAACAACACCUUAGAGGCCGUAGUCCGGCUCAGAUUGAGACCUUCUUAUCGGCAGCGAGGCUUGCAGGGCUUGAUAUGUACGACUUGUUUGGGAUUCUCUUGGAGGCUGUCAGGUUCUCUGACCUCGCUGUCGUGCUAUCGCCAGCGAAGGGGUGCUCAAAUUCCAUGCCCCGAUCGAUGCAAGUCCAUCGCCUGGAAUUCGCGCUAGUUGCAGCGAGCGAACUUGGCCUUCUUGAUGUUGUGAAGUGGCUUUUGAAGAGGGAGGUGACUGUCCGCAAUGACCUCAAGAUCGAUGAAAAGAGGACCGCGCUCGGACGAGCUGCAAGGAAAGGCCACUGCGAUGUUGUUCGCGAACUGCUUGACCAUGCAGCCGAUGUCGAUAUCACAGACAGCCAAGGGUUUACUCCACUCCAUGAAGCUGCCAGGAAUGGGCAUGCCGAGGUUGUGAAGAUCCUGCUGUCUGCUCGCGCCAAUACUGAAUGUCGCGUCACGAUGUCCUUCAACGAUCAUACGCCUAGGGCAUGGACAGCGCUCGAGUUGGCAGCCAGAGGCCAUUUCUAUGUCAUCGUUGACCUGCUGUAUGACCGACGAGUUCAGAAAGAGCAAAUCUGGCCACAAUUGCAAGAAGACCUCACCUCUGGGAUAAUCGCGGAGGAUCUUUCCAUGCAAAACAGGCACGCGGACGUGGCGGCCAUUCAUCGACUGCGAAAAGUCCUUGGCUUUCCCUCAUUUCCAACAACGAAUCUUUCUGGAAACGAUUACUGGAGAUGAUGGCGUGGACAAUUGGGAUGGUGCUCGGCUCUGCCACCUCUGCUUCGAAGAUAUGCCUGAUGGCGUGACCAGUGGCACAAAAUCUGGGCAUUGAGCCUCUAUCUGCGCUUUUUGGUUCCAAUGGACGAUGGAUGGUAGGUCAGCAAGGACAGGCAAAACGUCUCACGACACAUUCCGGGAUGCGCGAUGGUAGAGACUUUGCGAAUGACCAGCGGCCUGGUACAAGUCACACAUGUCCGUCUCGAACUAUGGGUUUUCAGGUGUUAUUAUUUCCCAUGAUAAACACUCGUCGUCUCGUCUCAAGGGCGUGCGCCACUCGAAUGGCAAAAAACCAGACCGUGACGAUCUGAUGUUCACCCUCUUCCAAUAGCAAGGCUUUGCUCGUGGUAACAAAUCCAUACAAUCAUGGAUAUACUCGCUGGCGCCUCGAGAUGUUACGAACCUUUUCACCCAUAUG